CAGUGUACACAGCUAAAAUCCCUGGGAAUUCCCGAAGUCUCUCCACCGACAUUUCCUUUUCGCUCCUUCAUUUCGCCAAGCCGACGACUUGUUUUACUGUCAGUUCUUCUUAAGGAAACUUUCCGCAGUAACUUUGAGCGCAGUCUGAAAGGAUGGCCGCUAUCAAAGCGCUGCAGCAGUGGUGUAAGAUUCAGUGCGAUGGAUACAGAGAUGUGGGCAUCAGCAACAUGACCACAUCUUUCAGAGAUGGACUGGCCUUCUGCGCACUUAUCCACAAAUUCAGACCGGACCUCAUAAACUUUGAGUCACUCUCCAAAGACAAUGUGUAUGACAACAACCACUUGGCAUUCCGUGUGGCUGAAGAGCAUCUGGGAAUCCCAGCUCUUCUGGAUGCUGAGGACAUGGUGGCUUUGCCGGUCCCAGACAGGCUCAGCAUCCUCACAUAUGUCUCGCAGUACUAUAACUUCUUCAUCGGCCGCUCACCAAUAGGGGGAGUGGGAGGCAUCAAGCGUCAUGCUGAGGACUCAAAGGAGAUGCCAUCAGAGAAGAAAAACCUGCCUGUGGUUGCCAAAAAUCACAAUCUCAAAACAAAUACAGAGAACCAUCCUCCACACACAGAAAUGCCAAAAAAUAUCAGAGAAAGCCAUCCUCCAUCUCUUAAUAUCCAGAAAACUGCUUUAGAGAAGCAUGUUCUAACCACUCCAGCAUGGCAAACUGGCACAGACUUGCAGAAAUCAGCAGGAGUUAAACGAGUGCCGGCACCCAUCACACCAAUCGGAGCAAAAUCUCCACAGCCACACAGAGAAGCUGAGAAGAGAACUGUUUUAGUGGAGAGCUCAAAUAAAACGGGAACACUGAAAAGUGAAUGUGCAGUAUGUGGGAAUUAUGUGCAUCUGGUCCAGAGACAUCUGGUGGAUGGGAAACUCUACCACCGGAGCUGCUUUAAGUGUAGUGUAUGCUAUGGCACUCUGAAAUUUGGGGCAUAUAAAUUGGGAACAGACACUGGCUCACUAGUCUGCACUGUUCACCAGCAGGCCCAGAAUGGCUUCAAGCCUACUGUUAAGCCUUUUAAGGACAGUGGAUUUUUGCUUGCUAAACUGGAUUCCAAGUCUGACAACGGAAGUCAGCCAACUUCCCAGCACUACACCUCAGUAUUAUCUAUGCCUGUCAAAGCUGUGCUCAGAACAGCUGACCCCAGUCCAGCCCCACAGUCAUGGACUGCCUCUGCUCAGAGGACUCAGGCAGCCAGACAGAAGUUCUUCCAAUCCUGUACCCCAGUAGCAGAGCUUCGUCCCAGUACGAGGUCACAGCCAUGCUCCUCAGAGCCCUCCACCAAUCAAAGCACCAGUCUGAAGAUGGAGGAGAAAGACCGGACCAAUGCACUGAUCAAUGGGAAACUACUAGAAGGAAACUGCAAUAAUAACAACGCGCUUAAUUCUCAUCCCGGAACAGAGAGGCAGCUAAAAAUCAGAUGCCCUUCUGCUGAGGUCUCCAACUUGGGUCAGGAGUUACACAGCCGUGAUUCAGCAGGAAGGAACUCAAGUCAGGCCACUCCAUCCACGCCUGCUAUCAGCAUUAGCAGCUUGAACACCAAGGAAUCCCUCUACCAUAUUGCCAUCGGCAAAAAGCACUGCAGACCUCCAUGCUUGCUGCUUUCUACUGCCAAAGCCAAAGAAGCUCAGAGCAACGAAGCCCCGGAUGACUGGACAUCAAAGGCAGCUCCAAAUGGACCAGGACUGAAAUCUGAAGAUUCUGCCAAGGGGAUCAUGUUAACUCCCAAGAAAAAUAAAAGUUACUUCACCUCCAGCCAUAAUGAGUUAACAAUCCAAAAGGGUACACCUGCCCCAAACUCACACACAUCAAACAGUCAUUGCUCUAACCAUAUUGCUCAGCAGUAUGUAGUUGAGAGAGGGCCGCAGUCGGAAACAUGGGGUACCUGGGGUUGUCCUUCAAAUGAAGUGUGGUCUGUGACCUCUUCACCCAUCCAACAAUUCAGUCCUGUUGUCUCAUGUUUGGGUCACAACUGUGAUGGGUCUGCUAGACAGGGUUCUAAAAGCAAGUGUCUCAUGUCCUCAUGUGUCUCACCUUCUCCGUCCCAUCGCAAACCUUCAUCUCCAGAACAACCCCACCAUGGGCAAGUGAACUCAAGUUAUGAAAAUGGAAAAUGCGCUGCUGAAAGGGGCUUGAUGGAUGAGAUAAGGUCACCCACUAUAAAGCCUUGCCACAUCCCUGAAGACCAAAUCACAAAAGAGUUGCAGGAAAUUGAGAACAAUGUAAACGUUUUGGAGAACGAGGGGAUAGAAUUGGAGAGAAGACUUCGCAUAUAUGAAGAAGAGGGACAUGGGGACCUACUGAUGGAUCCCUUGAUGGUGGACUGGUUUAACCUGAUUCGUAAAAAACAAAGCUACAUUCGGAGGGAGUCGGAGUUAAUGUAUAUUGCAAGAACACAGGAUCUGGAGGAGCAGCAGCCAGGAGUGGAGGGAGAGCUCAGGAGAUUGAUCAAUACACCAGAAAAUCUGAAGUGUCCGGCUGAGAAGAAGAGGGAAACUGAGCUGUUGAACAGGCUGAUGGAGAUCGUGAAUGACAGAAAUGCCAUUGUUGAGGGACUGGAGGAGGACAGGAUAAGAGAGGAGGAGGAAGAUCAACAGUUGAAUGAGAUGAUGCAAAGACUUGGUCUGCAAAAGUUUAAAAACAAACGCAAGUCGUCCUUCUCAAAGUUAUUUAGACUGAGAAGUAAAACAUCCUCCAUGGGAGAGUGAUCUUCAGAAAAACAGGAGUGAAGUGAUCCUGAUGCUCAACUUGAACUUGAAGUCCAGAUUUAAGCAAGUGUUUGGAGAUGGUUCAACAAUGUGGGACUAGAAUCACAACUCUGUUUCAGGUGAAUUAGUUAGGAUAUAGUAGGAUAUUUCAUAGAGCAAAAUAAUUGUAUUUGUUUUCUGCUCAUGUUUUAAUAGUUUUUCACUUUAUAUUUGGUUAUUUAGCUCAUUCUUGCUCUAUUUGUUUGCUUUUAACAAUUAACAAUUUGGUCCUAUAAACUCUUUAGUCUUUAAAUGCUUGGGAUAGUUUGAAUAAUUACAGUGUUCAGAAUAUAUUAGUUUUUUUUCGUUUAUUCCUGUUUUUACACCGCCACUUAUUUAGACACAAAUGGUAACUUGAUAUCUAUCGACAGAUUAACAAACGGAUGCUCAAACACAUUAUUUGAUUGUGAUCCCUGGAUCUCUAGAACAUCUUAAUUUAACUAACCCUAUUAACAAAAAGAUUUAAGCAGCAUACUCCUACAUUCAAUGUUGUAGUAAAGCCACACUGUCUACAGUGUCCUGAAGGGGGCACUAUGAGCUCACAUGCACCUGUCUUCCAAUUUCUAAUUUUAUAUUCUCCAGAAUGCUAAAUCAAGCUAGAGAUUAUGCAGUAGAGAAGCUUGUAUGAUGGAAAGGCUUGGAUUACUGGUUUUAUAAAUGUUUGUUUGAGUCCUCCAACCUUGUUCAAUUAAAAUAGUACCUCGUUUUACUGUAUACUCGAAGACAUAGUCGGUCCAAAGAUGUUUCUGUUAAAAUAUCAGUAUACGACUGUACUGUUUGAAAAGCCUACUGAAGAAAAGUUACAAGACAUGUUUUAAAAAGUUUUAAGUUCUUUUGAGAGAUGGAUUGCAAUUUGGA